UGUUGUCGAUGUUUUUUACGUUGUGCCUUCGACAUUCUUACCUGCCGGAGCCCCUGAUGCGGACGGUUGUGGUCCCGAUCACAAAGAAUAAGACUGGUGAUGUGUCGGACACUGCCAACUAUCGUCCCAUCUCACUUGCUACUAUAAUGGCCAAGUGCUACACUAAUAGAAAAACCCCGGUGUACGCGUGUUUCCUGGACUUGUCAAAGGCUUUUGACUUGGUAAACUAUGAGAUACUUUGGAGCAAGUUGAGGGACACCAGUGUGCCGAGGGAAUGCAUUGAGCUGUUUAGGUUUUGGUAUCAAAACCAAGUGAACCAGGUGAGAUGGGCCGACGCUAUGUCUGAAGAGUAUAGGCUUGAGUGCGGUGUGAGACAGGGAGGAUUGUCAUCACCGACACUCUUUAACCUUUAUAUAGACCGGCUGAUCGAGGAGCUUAGUGGCAUGCAUGUCGGAUGCCAUGUUGACGGAACCUGUGUCAAUAACAUAAGCUACGCAGAUGACAUGGUGCUGCUGGGCCCUUCGAUCGGCUCGAUUGUAAAGCUUGUAGCCACUUGUGAAAGGUAUGCGGCUGCACAUGGACUAAAGUACAACUCUAAAAAGAGUGAAGUGCUCAUUUUCAAGUCAAGCAAAUUCAAUCCGGUAAAUGUGCCUUCGGUUGUACUGGCCGGUACUGCAUUGCGAGUGGUUGACAGGUUUAAGUACCUGGGUCACAUGUUAACGGACGAGUUGAAGGAUGACCUAGACGUGGAAAGGGAGCGCAGGGCGUUGGCAGUGAGGAGUAAUGUGCUGACACGCAGAUUCGCUCGAUGCUCGUUUAAUGUUAAAUUAACGCUUUUCAAAGCUUACUGUACAUCUUUUUACUCGAGCAGUCUGUGGUGUCAGUACACGAAACGAGCUUACAACAACCUACGCGUUCAAUAUAACAACGCGUUCAGGAUGCUGAUGAGGCUACCACGUCACUGCAGCGCGUCAGGAAUGUUCGCUGAGGCGCGCUCAGACGGCUUUCACGCUAUAAUGCGAAAAAAGGCCGCCUCUUUUCUCCACCGUGCACGUGGUAGCCGCAAUAGCAUCCUGAAUACGCUUGUCCAUAGAUUUGACAGUCCUAUCCUAAUUCAUUUGAUUAGGAGGGUCAUAGGACAAAUUAAAUAGAGAAUGUAAAUGUAAUGUGAUGUAAUGUAUCUAAUGUAAUCUGUAUUAUUUACCUGU